CAAAAACAAACAUCGGUGCACAGAUCGGGCAAACAUGUACGAGAGUUGCAGUGUUCAGUUGAGCCUUUUCCGGGACAUAAUGCAGGCCGGACAAAGCUUUACAGCGUGUGCAGGAGAUGGAGCCUCAUCCAAAUCCGCUGUUAACGGUCAGGUGGAAAACCCUGCCAUCAGAGAGCUUCUGGACGCCAACGGGGAAGAGGAUUCCGAAGCGGAAUCGUACCUCGAAGGUAGGACCGAGGGGUUGGACCGGGAAACGAGGAACCGAGCGUUCACGUGGUGUCGGAGCUUUCUGUCCGGGGCGUGGAAGACCAUCACUGAGGAGGAUUUCGAGAUCAGCAUCGUAAGUGGUGGACUCAGCAAUUUGCUCUACAAGUGCAGCUUACCCGAUCAUGUGAAUCCUAUCGAUGCCGAACCUUCACCGGUGCUGCUACGCAUCUACGGGGCCAUUUUACAGGGAGUGGACUCCUUGGUGUCUGAGAGUGUGAUGUUUGCCAUUCUGGCAGAGCGUAAGUUGGGUCCUCGUCUCUAUGGCAUCUUCCCAGAGGGACGUUUAGAAGAGUAUCUUCCUAGUAAGCGCCUGUGCACGGAGCAGCUGCAACACCCAGGUAUCUCGGCUGUUAUAGCCAACAAGAUGGCCCGUUUCCACCGUAUGGUCAUGCCCUUCAAUAAGGAGCCCAAAUGGCUGUUCACGACUAUGGAGAGGUACAUGGAGCAAAUCGGCACUAUUACGUUCGUGCGUGAAGCUCACAUCAAGAAGUUCAAGAAACUGAUGAAGUACGAUCUUCCGGCCGAGCUGGUGAAUCUGAGAGCACUACUGGAAGAGACUCCAUCACCUGUGGUUUUCUGUCACAAUGAUGUACAAGAAGGAAACAUCCUGAUGUUGGAAGGCCACAAUCAGGAUUCCUCUGAUCAACUGAUGCUUAUCGACUUCGAGUACAGCAGCUAUAAUUACAGAGGCUUUGACUUUGGGAAUCAUUUCUGUGAGUGGGUAUAUGACUACACAUAUGACAAGUGGCCUUUCUAUAAAGCAAACCUGGAAAAUUACCCAAACAGAGAACAGCAGCUGCACUUCUUCAGAAACUAUUUGUUUGAGAACGAAGAUACUGCACAUGACAACCAAGCCAAGAUGGAACAGAUGAUUAUUGAAGCAAACAGGUUUGCCCUUGCUUCUCAUUUCUUCUGGGGUCUGUGGUCCAUUAUUCAAGCCAGAAUUUCCAAGAUUGAGUUUGGAUACAUGGAUUACGCCCUGCACAGGUUUGAUUCAUACUUCAAGCAGAAAAAGCUCUUCGCCUAAUCAGCGUUUGGAGAAGGUUCCUGGAUGGGAUCACAACUUAUGAGCUCACCUUUUAUUAUUUUUAAUUUUUUUUUAAUUUUUAUUUUUUUAACUAAUACUGAAAAUAACUUUUGCUGUGAAAUAGGGGUUGGUUAUAUUUUACUUCAUAAUUUCCUCAACAUUAUCUGCUUUAAUGUUCUCUAAUUAUCUUGCUUUGGAACACCAAUCUCCACAAUCUCCAUAGCAACAGAUGCAAAUCUAACCCAAACUCUUGUGUGUACAGUACAUGAUUGAUUUUGUAUUGUUUUUUUUUUUUUUUAUUUUGUUUUUUUUUUUAACACUGAUGAACCUUCUGAAUCUUGAAAGUUAACUGUGAGUCUGUGUUUGUGAGAAAGUUUGUUGUUUGUGGAGAACUGCACAGCCCAGCGCGUACCUUAACCACAUCUCAUUAUGGAUAUAUUUUUAUUUCUUCCGGCUAGUCUCUUUCUGAUCGAGUAUUAAGAAGCCCAAAUCAUGUGUUUCCGCAUUGAUUGUGUUGUCAGUGAUAAUAUAAGGACCAGGCACACAUUCAUAUAAUUCUGUUGCUUUUUCUGGCUACUACACCUACAUGUAGUAGUACAUUGUGCUUUGUCCAGUAGAUAAAAACAAAAUCAUGUAAAUUUAAGCACAUUCUUGGCUCUUUGCUUUAAGUGACUCAAAUGGUUGAAGCUUUCAUCAGAAAUGUGCAGGAAGUACUUAUGCAACUGGUAGAAUGAACUAAAAAGAGACAAAAAAAAAAAAAAAAAAAGCAAACUCCUGAAUUUGUCAGGGUUUAGUGGAUUAUUGCUGCAUUAACGAUUAACUUGCACUGAAAACUGCUGUGGUUCCUACAGAAGUUGUAACUGUUUCUAAUUGUGGUUGUGAAGGAGCAUGUAAAGGUCCUGCACUCAGAUCUACAUCUGCAAGUCAGUGUUUACACCACAAUACUUUUAGUAAAGUAAUUCGAACUGAAGUGUUAUCUUUUAUUGGAAGUUUCUUUUCUUUUUUUUUUGUCUUCUGUCCUGUCUGCUUGCAUUCUACUUAGGACUGAACUGCAUGCUUUGUUGUAACUUACUAAGAUUUUUGUCAAAUUAUUGUAGUGUUUGUAGCUCUUUAUUGAGGUGGUGUUGUUUUUUAAAUGUGCAGUGUUUGUUUGAUUAUUUAUUGACCUCUCAGUCAUUCAAAGCAGAUCAAUACUGGAUCAAACAAACAUAUGUAAUUCCCAGAAUGUUGACUGUCCAUUAUUUCUGUUUUUUGACUGUUUAAGAGGUUUCCAUUUGAAGAGGAAGCAGUUUGGCUAAUAUGCAUUAAAUAAAUAAAACAAAGAAUACUGUAUUACUCUAUAUCGCAUGUUAGACCAUACUCAUACUCUUAGUGUGUCCCUUUCUUUACUUUCCAUCAUUAGGUCUAAUGAUUUUAUUGAUUUAUCUCAUUUAUGUUGGUCUUCAAGGACUUUAACAGUAUAGAGCUGGGUCCAUUUUCAUUUAUUCUUAUGGUUUUUUUUUUGUUAAAAUUCCUUGAAAAAUGCUUAUUUUGGUCUGUAAUACACUUGUGUUCUGUGAAUUUGCAGUUUUGCUUUAUUAGGGUACUGCAGCCACUGAAACUCUAACUACAAAAUAAAACUAUUUGAAAACUAA